AUGCCUGACAUCCUUGACGCCAUCGUCCCCACGCUGCCGGGAUCCGUUCGCUAUGUCUCUUUCAACGUCAACGGCGCAAAGACCCUCUUCAACUACCACCCAUGGACCCAAAUGAACAACGACUUCAACGCCCUCUUCCGCGCCAUGCAUGCCGAUAUCAUCACCCUCCAGGAGCUCAAGGUAACUGCCAGCGGACUCCUGGCGCUCGCUAACAUCGGCCACCUCGCCAACUACCGGCUGUUCAUCUCGCUUCCCAAGACCAAAAAGGGCUACAGUGGGGUGGGGCUCUUUGUUCGCGUGCCCACCGCCAGCGACCCGCCUGGCGUCCAGCGAGGGCUCACUGUGCUCAGGGCCGAGGAGGGCGUCACUGGGCACCUCCCGCGCCCUAGCGCGCAGGGGGCAUCGUUGUCCUCGUCCUCGUCCUACCGCGACAGCCCUGACGCUAUUGGUGGCUACCCUGACAUCGACUCCACCACAGGCCUCCACUUGGACAGCGAGGGCAGGUGUGUGGUGGUAGAACUUGCAGGCAACGUAGUGGUGUUUGCCGUGUACUGUCCCGCCAACUCCAUGGGGACUGACGAGGGCGAGUCCUUCCGGCUUGAUUUUCUUCGCGCGCUCCUAGCGAGAGCCCACAAUCUCAAGCACGCGCUCGGUAAAGAGGUGGUGGUAAUGGGAGACAUCAACGUCUGCCUCGACUUGAUCGACACCGCCGAGGGCAUGCGUGACCGCAUCAGCCAGCUGGUGGUGGUGCCAGGCGAUGCUGGCACCAGCUUUGAAGCCGUCAACUACGAGGAAUGUGUUCGUUUCAAGACCUCGACUCCAGCACGGGAAUUGUUGAACCAGUACACCGUACCAGGAUUGAAGUGCGACUUGGCUCUCGAAAAGUCGCUUCUCAACAAGAAGUCCCAGUUUCUCUACGACACCACCAGGUACAUGCAAGGACGGGAGAUGAAGCUCUACACAGUGUGGAACACGCUCACCAACGCUCGUCCGUCGAAUUUCGGGUCUCGGAUCGACUUGAUCUUGUGCUCGUGCCCCCACAUGUUGGCGCACGUAACCGCAGCCCAUAUCUGGCCCGGGCUUCUUGGUUCCGACCACUGCCCUGUCUACACGGACUUCCACCACCCCGAUCCUCCGCAGGAGGAAACAACCCUGCUGCUGGUGCCCCAGAAAUUGCCUUUCGAAGCAAAGCAUUUCUACAAACUCUCGAAGACCAGAGACAUCUCCCAAUUAUUCCUAAAACGGUCCAGCAGUCCCCCAGAAUCGGAAACUGUCAAAAAAUCACGGCCAGCCACGCCCAAGGACAAAAAUACCACCACCAAAAGCAAUUCGAAGGGCUCGUUGGUCUAUGUCAGUAGAAAGCCUGCCAGACAAGAGGGUCAAAAAAGCAUAAGCACUUUCUUCACCAAGUCUACGCGCAAUGAUCAACCAUAG